CUGCUAUUAGCCCGGCUACUUGUCCUUUCGUGGUCACGCCCCACCCAAAAGUGCACCCUCUGUGCCCAUCUGACAGUGAUGGUCCAGCAAAUGAGAAGCCUGCAGAUGCUGACAAGGAAUCUACAGAGUGAGAGUGAGUUCGGCGGUAUGGAGCUUACGGAGUACAAUCUAGACUCUCUUCCCGAGAUGGAGCACACGACCAAUCACCUCAGUUCAUUAAAGCUAAACGACUCCCUCUCACAACUUUACAUGGAUCUCAUCUCCUUUAAACUGCAUGUUGACUGGAUGAUUGACGCCCGAGUCAAUAUGGGCUUGCCAGUGUCUCCCAAGACACUAGAGGUCGCUAAAGGCCUGCAUAAUCUCUCAAGCUUCUGUUCUACUGCACUACAGCAGACUGCAUCCCCACUACCCCAGAUUUCCAUCCCCUCCUUCCCAACACAACUCAAAGCCUGGGAUGUGGCCAUCCUCUCCUACGAGAUUCCCGAGCGGUUACGAUUCUACUGUCAGUGGUCAUCCAGAGUGUUGCUCCUCCUUAGGUCAAAGGUUCAGCGCCUUUGACAUAAAGUUUCCCGCCAUCUAAGUUCCUACUCUGUGCAACAACAAAUGCCUUCCUCGAAAGCAGUGUUAUCGUAUUCAAUUUAACUCAAGUUUUUUGCUGCGGUAAGCACGCUUACCGACUGCGACUGCAAAUUGUGUUCAACUUGAGUAUUUAAGAUUCAGCUAACUGUAACGUCAUUCUUUCAAACAUAAUGCCCUCUAUACGGUCAGUUGCUUUUUACCUCUCCCUUUGGUCUUAGCUCAUUUAUAUGUUGAAAUGAGAAUUCUUCUUCUUUAUUUAAUAUACAGUCAUUUGUAACAUCCUUAUUACAGGGCUGUUACUGAAGAAUGUGAUUGAAUUAGGGGGAACCCUGACCCUAACCCUAAAUCUGAAUGAGCCUAUGACCCUGUUUUGUAUUGUAUUUACUGAAUGUACAGUUAUUUAUGAACCAAUUCUCUCAUAUCUGAGACUAUUAUAUUUUUGAUGCUGGCAUCACAUAUUUUUUAUACAAAUACAUUAUCCAUGGGAUUUACUCAUCUAAAAUAAAAAGA